AUCAUUUUUCACACGGAACGCCCACUUAAUAGCAUUUUAAAGAUAAAUGUUUACAUGUUUAUAAAUCGUUUAAAAUAAAGAUCUGCCGCUCCUUAUCAAUAAAUACCUACAAUGUUUUAUUUUAAAUUUGAUAAUAAAAUGGUCCUUAAAAGAGGUUCUGGUACCUUUUUGUUUUGAAAAUAGACGCAGUUGAUUUCAAUCGUUUGCAAAGCAAUGAUCACGAUAACGACAAUUCUGGUUAUUCUUAUAACUUCCAUACUUUUUUAUAUGUCAUAUCGGUAUGCUUUUAAGAGACCUGAAAAAUGUGCCCCUGGUCCACCUCGGAUACCUAUUUUCGGAAGUUAUUUAUUUUUACUGAUGGCUGAUAGCAAAUGGCUUCACAAAGGAGCUCUUUUAUUAAGUAAAAUUUAUAAUUCGGAUGUUAUAAGUUUAUAUAUUGGAAGCGCAUUAACUUAUGUUGUUCAUUGCCCUGAAGGUGUAAAGGAAAUACUUAAUAACAGUGCAUACGAUGGACGAGCUGAAUCGUUUCUUGCCCUACUAAGGGACCCAAAUCAUAAUAAGAGAGGUAUUUUCUUCCAAGAAGGACCCAUUUGGAAAGAACAACGCCGAUUUAUUAUUCGAUACCUUCGUGAUUUUGGUUUUGGUCGUCGCUUUCAAGAACUGGAGCUUGUUAUUAACGAAGAAAUCAAAGACUUCAUUGAUUUGAUCAAGAAUGGUCCCAAAUAUGAGCAUGAAAAAGCAGUUGUAAAAAAUGGAAAAAUAUUCUUGCCGUUGGCUUUUUCUCCUUUUAUUGGCAAUUGCAUGUUUCAUGUGAUUUUUAAUGAACGCAUUCCACGUGCAGAGCAAGAUAGAGUAUUUGAACUCGGAAAGAAUGGGCUGAUAUUCCAAAGGCACAACGAUGAUUAUGGAAAAUUGCUCGGCAUUGUACCAUGGAUUCGUCAUUUAUUCCCAGAAAUGAGUUCAUAUCGGGCAAAUUUGGAGGCAAAUACGUUUCUUCAUGAAUUUUUCGACACUUGGAUUGGAAAAUAUAUGAAAACCUAUGAUGAAGACUCAGAAAGAAAUUUUGUUGAUUUGUACCUGAAACAAAUGCAUAAGGAGCAAAUGGAGGGAAAUCUUAACACAACUUAUUUAUACGAUCAGCUUGUGGUUAGUUUAAUUGAUUUUUCAAUACCUGCAUUUACUGGAAUGUCAUCUCAAAUAUCUCUCAUAUUCCAAUGGAUGCUUUUAAGGCCUGAUGUUUUGAAAAAAGUGCAAAUUGAAAUUGACGAAUAUGUGGGCAGCGGAAGGCUACCAUGUCUCGACGAUCGCAAAAAUUUGCAUUACACUGAAGCGACUAUUAGGGAGGGAUUACGAAUGGAAACAUUAGUGCCAUCUGAUGUUCCACAUCAAGCUACGCAAGAUACAGAAUUUCUAGGAUAUCAGAUUAAAAAGGGUACUAUCAUGGUUCCUAGUCUUUAUGCAUAUCAUUAUGAUAAGAGAGUAUGGAAUGAUCCAGAGAAUUUUAUGCCAGAACGAUUUUUGGACAAAAAUGGGAAAUUGUCUUUAAAGUCUGAUGUUUCUUUACCAUUUAGUGCAGGAAAACGAGUUUGUCCUGGUGAAACAUUUGCUAGAAAUUUGCUAUUCCUUUUAUUUGCUUCACUCUGCCAAAACUUCAAUAUCAUCCUUUCACCCGGAGAACAACCACCAGAUAUGUCCAAAAAUAACAGUGGAUUUAUUAUAACACCACCUGAUUUCUGGGUAACAAUGGAGCCAAGAUAGUGUUAUACAUUUUAAUUAUAGAGUUCUUAAAGUUUUUUUUAUAUUUAAGCAUACAAAAUUAAUACGUACUCGUAAGUGCAUUUAUUUGUAGACAUGAAAGUGAUUAAAAAUAAAAUGCAAUCAACUUUCUCAAA